AUGUUUACUAGACGAUGUUCCAUAGGUAUUGAGUGCCCAGACAUAGGACAAGCCAACACACCCUUGACUGCUUUCCUUAUAUACAACCACGGACACCAUGGAUUCGCAUACAGUUGGUCACUCCCACUUCCCAACCACAUACUGAGCAACAGACGAGUAUCGAUCUACGAUUUGCACAAUUUUGAAGAUGAUUGUAGCCUUCUUCAGCCGAAUGUAACUGAAGGUGAAGAAAGUAAUGAAAAUGAGAAUAAUGACGAUGAUGAUGUUGAGAGUACAGUUGUACAGGUGAUGCCAGAGAGCAACCAGAAGGAUGUAAGAAAACACAAACGAAGACUAACAUCUGCAUUGAGGUUUGAGCAACCAAGAGUUUUAUAA